CACGUGCCGGGCUGGGGGGCACCGGGGGCACCGACCUCCUCCAACGUCUCUCCCGCACAGAUCCCGGACGCCGUCACCGGGUAUUACCUCAACCGGGCGGGAUUUGAGGCCUCUGACCCCCGCAUCAUCCGCCUCAUCUCUCUGGCCGCCCAGAAGUUCAUCUCGGACAUCGCUAACGACGCGCUGCAGCACUGCAAGAUGAAGGGCACGGCCUCGGGCAGCUCCCGCAACAAGAGCAAGGACAAGAAGUACACGCUGACCAUGGAGGACCUGACGCCGGCGCUGGCCGAGUACGGCAUCAACGUGAAGAAGCCGCAUUAUUUCACAUAAAGGGGGGGGAUGGGUGGUGGGGACUGUUUUUAGGGUGGUUUCUGUGCCAUUAAAGAGCGGG